CAGCGAACGAGCAGCAUCGCCAUCUUAGGACACCAAACAAACAGCAGCAUGAAGGUCCUUCUCUUGACCAUUCUGGCGAUCGGCGCCGUGGUGGCCGAGCCGGCGUUCCGCCGCCAGCAGGCGCAGCAGGCCCAGCAGCAGGACGGCCAGGACGCCGACGAAGGGUACGCGCCGUCCGGGUGGAAGCCUGCCGGGGCCCGCCUGGAGCUGCCCAAGCAGUACGGCACGCCGGCCAGGGACGCCAGGGACGAGGAGGCCGACGCCACCACCGAGACCCCCACCGAGGAGCCCGCCCCCGCCGUGCCCGUCACGCCCAAGACCCCCAAGUCGCAGAGGCAGCAGGCGGCCCCGCAGUACCAGGGCGAGUACUACGUCAUCCUGCCCGACGGACGCCUGCAGCGAGUCCAGUUCGCCGCCUCCGUGGAGCAGCAGCAGCAGCAGCAGCAACAACAACAACAACAACAGGCCGCCGCGCCGCAGCAGGCCCAGUACUUCGUGGUGCUGCCCGACGGCCGCUUGCAGGAGGUGCAGUUCGCCGCCAAGGUGCAGGCUGAGGAGCGCCAGGACGGCCAGGACGCCGACGACGAGGACAACGCCGAGGAGGCCGCCGCCGCCCCCCCCGGCCGAACCGCCCCGUCCCCAGCAGGCCCGCCGCGCCCCCAGUCCGGGCAGCGCCAAGGCAGCCAGGCCCGCCCCCAGCCCGAGAAGGUGCAGCAGCGCCCCGUGGUGCUGCUGCCGCAGCCCCAGCGGGCCCAGCAGCCCCAGCAGCCCCAGCAGCAGGAGGUGCCCGCCAGCUUCGUGGCCGAGCUGCGCUUCAUGGAGGUGCCCCCCGUCACCGGGCCCGUCUUCUCCUACUCGGCGCCGCUCGUCCGCGUUCAGCGCCAAGUCUGAACGCCGACGAUGCGACCGGGCAGACGGUCCGCCUCUAAUUUAUCCCCCGCUGUAAUUUAUUAUAAUUUAUUCCUGUAAUUUAUCCCUGCAAUAAAUCCCACCGGAAAUUGAAAUUAAAUUUCGCCA